UCUCCUGGGCCGGCGGCGGGGUGGUUAUAGUUCGUUUUUUCUCAUUUCCACUUUGGUAAAAUGACGCCAGUGCCUGGUUCUGGGCACUGAUGCACAAGUGGCACAUUUUUGCUACCUGGGCUUCCCUGGGAGUUACCGGGCCUUGCAGGACAUCCAGGAUCUGCAUGGUUGUGGCAAGGAAGAGAUACUCACUUAUCUUACUUAAGUGAUGGAACCAUACACUAAAGAAAAAAAAUCACCCUUGGGUCUUUGGCAUUCAUAUUUGUGUGAAAGAAUCUAGGAUGUUCCAAGAAAAGGCAUCAGACAAUUGCUUAAAUGUAGUAACAACAUCUACUGAAGAUGGUGCUUUCCAAAAGAAAGGCCAUAGUGCAAGAGUCCUUAGCCCAGAGGAAGCUGAGAGACUGGCAAAAGAUCAGGUUUUGGUGUCUGAGUUCAAACAACUAAAACUGGAGAAAGAGGCACAGAAGAACUGGGAUCUGUUUUACAAAAGAAACAGUACCAACUUCUUCAAAGAUAGACAUUGGACAACCAGAGAGUUUCAAGAGUUAAAAGCAUGUCGUGAGUUUGCAGAUCAGAAGCUGACCAUUCUGGAAGCGGGCUGUGGGGUUGGGAACUGCUUGUUUCCACUCUUAGAAGAAGAUCUGAAUAUUUUUGCAUAUGCCUGCGAUUUCUCUCCUAGAGCUGUUGAGUAUGUGAAGAAAAAUGCCUUAUAUAGUACCGAAAGAUGUAAAGUGUUCCAGUGCGAUCUUACCAAAGAUGAUCUUCUAGACAAUAUACCAGCAGAUUCUGUGGAUGUUGUGACACUUAUAUUUGUCCUUUCUGCCAUUCAUCCUGACAAAAUGAAUCUUGUCUUGAAGAACAUUUACAAGGUAUUAAAACCAGGCAAGUGUGUCUUGUUCCGAGACUAUGGAAUGUAUGAUCAUGCAAUGCUCAGGUUUAAAUCCGGCAGCAAACUUGGAGAAAACUUUUAUGUUAGACAAGAUGGGACAAGAUCAUAUUUUUUUACUGAAGAGUUCUUAUCUCAGCUUUUCAAGGCUGAGGGAUAUGAGCAAGUGGUCAAUGAAUAUGUGCAGCGAGAAACUGUGAAUAGGAAAGAAGACUUACGUGUUCCAAGAGUUUUUCUUCAAGGCAAAUUUCAGAAGCCUUUCAGUAAGACAUAAGUUCUUGCUGAUUGGCAACAGCAUUACUUGUUUGAAAUUGAAGCUAGCACAUAGCCUCGUGUGUGCUCAUCUUUCUAGUAAACCAGAAAUUACUGCAUCCAGUACCUCCUGUUGGUUUCCAUCCUCAGAUACAAAAUAAGAAUGCUAUUUCUAAUUCACUUUUAAGAUGGUUUACUGAUGCAGGCAACCUGUUGAGCAUCUGUAUUCCUACUUCUAAAGUAAAACCUGUGCAACACUGUUGGAGGAUCAGGUAAAGCACACUAAAGAUGGUUAAUUUUAUGCAUUAGCUUCCACUAGUUAUCAUCAUAACUGUUAUUUUAAUUUUUAUUAAAAACUAUUUUUAAAUAAAUAUCCUGUGUUUCCUAUCA